AAUGCAGUGUACCAAAGUGUAAACGUGACCGAAUGCGUUGAAAAAAUAAAUCACAAAAAUACGCCAUCUUAGAAACCAGUGCAAGUUAGGUGAACGCUCCGUGAAAAUCGCGAUUUUUGCUGUUUUUCUGCCAUAAAAUUUAUCGAAAAUUAUGAACCGUCGUGGAGGACGUGAUUACGAUGACCGUGGGGGCCGUGGUGGCGGAGGCUCAUCGAAUUUGAUGCGUCGAAAUGAUCGUAAUGGCGGACGGAUAGAAAAGCGCUUCGAUAAGCAGGAGCGUAAUGGAGAAAAUUUGCGACCCGUCCGGUGGGAUCAAGUGAAGUUGGAACCGUUCAAGAAGGACUUUUUCACCCCCGCUAGCAGUGUUUUGGAGCGGUCAAGGACUGAGGUGUGCCAGUAUUUGGAUAAAAACGAGAUCACCAUGAUUGGUAAGAAUGUUCCGGCCCCGAUUAUGCAGUUUGGUGAAAGUGGUUUUCCGAGUGUAUUUUUGGAUGAAAUGGGACGUCAAGGUUUCCAGGAACCAACCAGCAUUCAAGCUGUCGGUUGGUCAAUUGCCAUGAGCGGACGGGAUAUGGUCGGUAUAGCCAAAACUGGAAGUGGAAAAACAUUGGCGUACAUUUUGCCUGCGUUGAUUCAUAUUAGCAAUCAACCGAGACUCCUGCGAGGUGAUGGACCUAUUGCUUUAGUACUGGCCCCGACUCGUGAAUUAGCUCAGCAGAUUCAACAAGUUUGCAACGAUUUUGGUCGCCGUAUGAGUAUUAUGAAUACUUGCAUUUUCGGAGGUGCUUCGAAACAUCCUCAAGCGGAUGAUUUGAGACGUGGCGUAGAAAUAGUAAUUGCUACUCCAGGACGGUUGAUCGAUUUUCUUGAAAGUGGAACAACUAAUCUGCGGCGUACAACUUAUCUAGUGCUUGACGAGGCAGAUCGUAUGCUGGAUAUGGGUUUCGAACCACAAAUCAGGAAAAUUAUUUCCCAAAUUAGACCGGACAGACAGGUUCUCAUGUGGUCGGCAACUUGGCCGAAGGAAAUCCGUAAGCUGGCUGAGGAAUUCCUCCGGGAAUACAUUCAAAUCAACAUCGGUUCGCUCAAUUUGGCAGCGAAUGAAAACAUCAUGCAAAUCAUUGAAUGCUGUGAAGAGUAUGAGAAGGAAACAAGACUCUUCAAACUACUAACUGAACUAUCCCAACAAGGAGAUAGCAAAUCUAUAAUUUUUGUUGAAACUAAGCGUAAGGUUGAUCAGAUUACCAACGUCAUUAAGCGCAAUGGGUGGAGAUGUGACGGCAUCCAUGGCGAUAAAACACAAAAGGAUCGCGAUUACGUAUUGAACACGUUCCGACGGUUGCGUAGCGGAAUUUUGGUCGCUACUGAUGUGGCUUCGCGCGGUCUAGACGUUGACGAUGUCAAGUACGUCAUCAACUUCGACUUCCCGAACAAUACGGAGGACUACAUUCAUCGCAUUGGUCGCACUGGUCGUUCUACCAAUAAAGGCACAUCGUACACAUUCUUUACACCGGCUAAUGGCGCCAAGGCUGGUGACUUGAUUGGUGUAUUGAGGGAAGCAAAUCAGUUUGUCAACCCGGAAUUGGAACAAUACGCCCGAAGUGGUGGUCGUAACCGUGGUGGCGGUCGUGGACGUUAUGGAGGCGGUGGUGGUGGUCGUCAGAUGAGAAACGACGGAAAGGGACGGCGUGGUGACGAUUAUCGCAGUGGUAAUGGAGACGAUCGUGGUCCGAAAUUCGCGCGCCGUGACGAUUAUGGCAGUGGUAACCGUAACGAUUACGGUUCAAGAAAUGGUUUCGGAGGAGAUCGCGAUGGGCCUCGAGGCGGUGGAUUCGGUGGCAAUAAGGAUCGCGAUGGCGGAUUUAAGUCUAACGGAUAUAGUGGCUCCAACGAUCGUGGAGGAUAUGGCUCUCGUGAUACUGCUAAGGGUGGAUCUGGUUUUGGCUCUAGUUCGGACAAGUCUGGAGCAUAUGGUACCAGCAACGAAUCACGAUCAUCUGGAUAUACCUCUCGUCAGAAUGGAACUAAUGCUGGAACAUUCAGUGGAGGAAGCGUACCACUUCCAAAUUUUAGCAAACCACCACCAUCAUUUGCAGCAGCCCCGCCCACAGGAGGUUUCACGGCUCCACCUCCAUCGCGACGCCCGGAAGAGAGACAACGUCCACCUCUCGCUAGCACGGUCGGCAGUUCUUAUGGGUCAAUGAGCACUGCUUCCAGCUAUCAGAGCACCAAUCAAUUCCCAUCGAGCCAGUCACGUCCUUAUGGAUCUCGUCCAAACGUUCCAUCUGCGGUGGGUAGUGGCGUAUAAAGCACAUUCUAUUUACUUGAAAUGACUAAACUAGUGUCGUAAGAUGAUUUAAUGAAACAACAAAGUAUCUUCAAUUGUGUUAGACCAUUCAACAUUUUAAUAUGCCACAAAUAUGCAAGACAACUCAAUUUAGGCUGUUAGGUUAAUUUUUAUCCACAUCAUCUAACUGUGAAUGAAAUCAUUCAAUAGAGUUCGGAACAAGGAGAAAUUAUUUUACAAAUAUGUUUAAGCGUGUAUGUUUAUUUAGGAAUGAAUAAAAAAAUAAAACGUGCAAAUGGC